UGUUAUCCUUAUCAGUGCCUCGUCAACUUGUAAAGUUCUCAGCGGCAAUACAUAGCCAGUCUCCAUCCAACUAACUCCACAACUAACAAUAUCUAUCCAGGCCAUCUGCCCGAGCCACAGCUGCCACAGGAGGGAUCCGAACUACCUUUUGAGUGUCUCAAUAGUUAACUACACUCUGGUUAAUUAUCCAACAGCUAUUUGAGCUUGAGAGUGCGUGAGUGCAAGAGAAGAAUAUUAGGCUACAAGGUACAGAGUCCCCGGAACGAGGGCAAGGUGGACAUUUAAUUACCGCAACACCUGUUAAACAUCAAACAGCUGUUUCAAGAACAGCUGUUAAAAACGUCCACCAGCUGUUUCAAGAGCGAACAGCUGUUUGAGCUGAGAACAGCUGUUUGAGCAGCACGAUGGGUUGUGUUAGUAAAUAUGGACUCUUCAUCAUCAACUCCUGUGUUAUUUUCCUGGGAGUCACCGUGGUGGGAGUAUCGGCCGCUAUCCUGCAGCAGGACUCCAUCUUCGGCGUACUCCUUACUCAAGUCUUCUACAGCGUGCCCUUGAGCGCGCUUAUCGGCGGCCUCUUCGUCACUUUCUUGGGCGUCUUAGGCUGCUGGGGCGCCGCUAAGGAGGACACAUGUGCCCUCAAAACUUACGCGAGCAUCGUGGGUGUGUUGAUGGUGAUGGUGGUGACGGCCGGGGUUCUCCUGAUGGUGUUCACAACGGGUUCCACCGCCUACAUCAUCUCCAGCAUGAAGGUCAUCUUCAAUGAGUACGGAGGCGCUGACGAGGAUCUCACUUACGACUUGGACUUCCUUCAGCAUAACACUCACUGCUGCGGGAUCCAAGGCUACGAGGACUGGGCGGACUUCAUCUACGGGAACAGCACGAACGUUGCAGACGGCUGCUGCAAGAACCAGACUGAGGGGUGUGGCGUGGGUCUCCUGCAGGACCCGCAGGUGAAGGAGCUGGUCUACACCGCUGGAUGUCUCUCCUUCCUUACAGACGCCCUCUCUGGUUUCUGCAUCGCUCUGGGAGUCGUCACUCUCGUCUUGGCCAGCAUACAGAUGCUGAGCAUCAGCUGGGCGUGUAUCAUCAUCAGAGACAGCAGCAGGUACGCGCCUCUCUAAGAUCCAGCCUACUCACCACGGCCAGCCCUCUCUUGGACGACCACAGCAUGACCACUCCAAAUGUCGGGCUUGAACAAGUGGCCACAGUAGCAACUGCUGUUAAAAACUGAAAGCCCGCAAUAGGCUUCUACAUAUACCCCUACACACAGAAGAAUCUGUAAAUUACACCAGAAACGAGGUGUACGGGCUUUUUCGUGCACCUGGACCUAUUUCCGCACGUGUCCACGCCCUAACGCGGGACAGGUGGACAUGGAUAUAGGAAGAGCCACACACACAACACCCCCUCACAAUCACCAACACAAACAAUCGCCAACUGCUACACCCACACCACUACACCAUCCCAUCCUCCAAUAAGACAGUCUGAGGCGAGUGUGACCUAUGGACAGCCCCAACAA